AUGAUAUUCUUGGACGAGCCUCUCACUGGUCUCGACUCCUAUGCCGCUACUACCACUGUGAAGGUACUCAAGGAUCUAGCGGCUAAUGGAGUACCUGUGAUGAUCACAGUUCAUCAGCCAUCCAGCGAGAUCUUUGCUAUGUUUGAUAAUAUCAUUCUCGUCUCGGAGGGUUCCAUUGUCUACAGUGGUCCUAGGAAAGGGCUUGUCGACUUCUUCUAUGAUAACGGUGGUUAUAAGUGUUCAAGUCGCUACAACCCCGCUGAUUUUGUACUGUAUAAUGUGCAGACCGAGCCGAGGGAUAACAUAGAAGUUCUCAUUGAUGCUUAUAAAGCCGAUUUCGAGAAGCAGAUGAUGCCAUGGAUAGAAGACCUCCGUGGGAAGGCCGUUCAACAGGUCGAAGUCCAUUCCUCGGCACGUGUGGCUCCGAUGGUUGUGCAACUGAGAGAGCUGCUGAAGAGAGACUUCCGAGACAUCAUCAGAAAUCCAUCAGUGCAGCUGGUCAAACUGUGUAUGACUAUUGUCAUGGGACUACUUAUGGGCUGUGUCUUCUUCCAAGUUGGUGCUGAUGAGCCGGAGAUGCACUGGAUCGCCAAUCGUGGGAGCUUCCAGUCCUACUAUGGAGGCAUGGUUAUAACGUGUAUGUUUGCUGUGUCUUCAGCCCAGACGACCAUUCUGAGGUAUCCGGCUCAACGUGGCAUUUUCGUAAGGGAAUACGCCACCAAUAUGUAUUCUUCUAUUACGUACGUGCUUUCACAGACUCUGUUGGAAUUACCGGUAGCGUUCAUAGAGUCUAUCGUCCAGCUCAUUAUAGCUUACUUCAUGAUGAACUUCCAAGGUAGUUGGAUCUUAUGGGUCCUGAAUAAUCUAUUCAUCAACUUGGUAUCGGCAUCCUUCGCCCAGUUCCUCGGUGCUCUAGCUAACACUGGUGCCCAAGCAAUGCAGCUCAUGCCGCUGAUCAUGGUCCCUCAGAUGAUCUUCUCUGGGAUAGCUACUCCUAUAAGUCAAAUACCAGUGUGGUUACGAUGGUUGCAGUAUGUGAGUUUCGUGAAGUACGGUGUCUCCUUGGCCUACUUCAACGAAUUCGGCUUCGAUAUGACCCGCCUGAACGAGACCAACGACAUCCACUCUGAUCUCGUUGGGUUAUACAUAGGUGUUCUAUUUGCAAUGCUCAUAAUACUGCGUGUCACGGCGACUAUUGCUCUGAAACGCAGAGCUCGGUACGUGUACUAAGCCGUGGAUACAGCAGCGCGUCAGUUCAUUUAGGGCUGUUAGUCCUCAGACCGAGUCGUUCGGUCGAUCUGUAUAUUCCCUAUCCCAUCCGCGUUACGGGGUAGUGUGUUCUCUCGUAUCUGCUGUAAUUCCUUACUAUGUUAUCUAAGUGAUAACUCUGUUCAUGCUGGAGGUGUAGUACUCAGUCACGUUGGGAUUUCGACUG